UCACCCGAUUAAAACGUUACGAUCUGCAGCCCUCUCACUCUGAGAGGCAGCAAGCACACGGACGGUCCCUUCCCCGACAGACUAUGGCCGAGCGGACUCUCCCCCAUGCCUACCCUAUGAGCACGGAGUACGAAUUCGCCAACCCCAGUAAGAUCUAUGACCAGAACUUCGGGGAAGGUUUAUCCCCUGCAGAGAUUUUAGCCCCCACCUUGUAUCAUGGGUACUACAUCAGGCCUCGGAUCAAUAAGCAGCUGGACCGAGGGAUCUCGGAGAUCAACCUCAAUGAGCACAAAUUCCAAGUGUUUCUGGAUGUCUGUCACUUCCUGCCCGACGAGAUCGCUGUCCGCACCGUGGACAACCUGCUGGAGGUGACCGCUCAGCACUCCCAGAAAGCUGACCGCCAUGGCUUCGUCUCCCGGGAAUUCACCAGGACAUACAUCCUCCCACUGGAUGUUGACCCCCUGCGAGUUAAAGCCACGCUGUCCCAUGAUGGUAUCUUGAGUGUAGAGGCUCCCCGAACGGGGGGGGAGGUGAAGGCCAGAAUCAAGGAUGUGAAAAUAACUCACCAAGAACUGCCGCCAGCUAUGGAAGAAAAUCUGGAUGAAAGCAAGGGACAGACUGAGCCCUAAACCCCCCUGGGGCUGUGCUUCAAUUGUGGAGAGAUGUGAUUGGGCAAGAUCCCUAUUUCUCAGCACCAGUGCUUGGCUUUGGGGGAAGACCACUGUCUGGAAAAAUGGUGCUAGAGCUGAAGAGAGAGAGCAUGUGGGGAGGGGGUGGGCGUAACUGAAGGUUCUUCCCAGCUCAAGCACUGCUCAGAGGAAGAUGGUAUAUGCUGCCAUCUCUGCUGUUAUCCAGAAAUAGCAUGGGGUCAGUUGCUGCCAUAAACUGUUGUGCUGUGUUGCUGUGGGCUGUUACCCAGCUCUGCUGUGUUCCACCCCAAAGUGGGCUGCAUUUCAGUGGUGGGUGGAGUAAACCAGGGCAUCAUUUUUAAAACUGUCACUAACAUUUGUGGAGAGUUUUGGGGGCGGAAGGGGCCGUAAGUACAGUAUGUAAAAACAACAAUAGUAAAUCUGG